CGACGUGAGUGUGAUGAUAUUCUGCGGGAGACUGUGGAGGGUCAACUGGGUCUCUCUGUACCUGCCUACGAUGUUACCAAAGACCCUUUGCGUGAUAUCUUUGUUCCUCUUGGUCCAGAAGAGCAGGAAACCCGUACUCGGCCAGACAUUUUUGAUUGUGGUACUAACAUCUCUGCGGUUUGAUAUUGGCUCUCCUUUUGGACCUUUAAUUGUUACUUCCAUUGUCUGCGUAUAUCCAAUGCGUUUGUACAUGUUACUUUGUCGGCAUUUGCCGUUAAUAAUAUUUAGACUAUGGUAG